CACCGGACCAUGCAAUAGCCCUCGCCGCCGCGUAUUUGUCCUCUCACCUUCCCUCUCGCCCAGUCGCCAUCCUCUGGCGCGAUACCUGCCGGACAUGACUGAUCUGCAAGCGGCGCUCGAGCCGCUCUUCGUGCCGCGGGGUCUUGACUCAUCGCUCGUCGCAGCGAUCUGCAACGAGCCGUCACAGACGCUGGAAGGCGCUACCGAGGUGCUGCAGACGCUGCUCGAUGCCGCACUCUGCACGCCCGAGACGUCGCUGGGCGGAGACACGGAAGGGAGCGCGACGGACGACGAGGAGCUGAGCCACUACCUGGAGCACCUGAGCGUCACGAGUGAGGGCACAGAUGAGGCGGGAGAGAGCUCGCAGAGCAAUGGGGUGAAGCAUGAUCCCGAGUCGGAGGCGCUGCUCUUCCUGAUGCACGCGUUCCCGGGCCGGACAAAGGUGGUGCUGCGCGACGCUCUGCACAAGCACAACGGCGACGUGCAGAGCACCGCGGACGCGCUCAUCGAGUCUGCGCCGCAGGCACAGGCAGCGCGAGACGGGCACAAGGGACUCGACUGGGACGAGCUGGCACGGAAAGCGCCCGUCGGCAGCAAGCGCUCCGCCAAGCAUGCGCACAAAGUUGCGCUCGCAGAGACGGCGGCCGAAGACCGCACGCACCACGUGCGCGAUAAUGCCUGGCUGCUCUCCUCGUCGGUGCAGAGCCAGCUGGCGCUGCUGCUCGACGUUGCGCCGGAGUACGUCAGCCGGACUUUCGCUCGCGACUUCAAGCUGGCGUCUGCAGCGACGCUGCUGAUCGAGUCAGAGGCGGAGAAGUGGCCGCUGAAGGCGCUCGACGAGGCAGGCGGCACACCAUCAGGCACAGCUGCCACGCUUGCCGACGGUCUCGUCGGUGUCUCUGGCUGCACUCGCGCCGAUGCCCAGCUGGCGUUCAGAGCUGCAAAGGGCCGACAAGACGCCGCACUUGACCUGCUCGACCUCAUGGCGCUCGUGCGCGCCGCUAGCCAGGAGGCGGAAGUCGCACCUCGGCCUGCCACGCUGUUCUCCUCGACAACAACACCUGCAGCGCCAGCACCGAAGAAGCGGCCAGCUCGCAAGGGAGCAGCCGUCAAGCCGGUCGAUGGCCGACUCGACGCACUCGAUGCUCUGCGCGACGGCGCCACGGUGCUUCCAGCCUCAUCUGCGCGCGUCGUGCUGCCUGCCGAGUCGACAUCGCGCGUCACGCGCACCCGCGUCUCCGACCCCAACGAGCCGCUGGACAAUGCACCGCCAGGCGCCGAGAUCACUCGCUCGUCGGCAGAGUGCCGCAUCCUCGCAGCGCAGUACCGAGCACGGCGCGACGAGGCGUUGCGGAAGGCGUCUUCGGCGUUCCGUGUCGGCGCCGGCGCCAAGACGCAGCGGUUGGGCGGCGGCGGUGCGGCGUGGCACUACGCCGACGAAGCACGUACUCUCGAGGCCAAGAGUCGGAUGUGGAGCAUGCGAGCGGCGCACAAGCUCGUCGAGGAGCGGCGAGGCGAUGAAGAGCGUGCUGGCGAGCUCGACCUGCAUCUGCUCACGCUGCCCGAGGCGCUCGACGUCACACGCGCUGAGCUCUCGCGCUGGCGUGCUAGAGGUGCCACCGGCGAGCCACUGCGCAUCGUCACCGGCGUCGGCAACCACAGCCGCAACAACGUCGCGGUGCUGCGUCCCGGCAUCAAGAAGAUGCUGGAGCGCGAGGGCUGGGAGGCGACGGAGCAGGGCAGCGGCAGUGGCAUCUUCUUGGUGCGCGGCCUCGCGAGGUAGACUGCAGCGAGCGCAGACACAGGUGUGGUGGACUAGAUGCGGCAAUACCAUCACUAUAGACCAG